AUGGAAUCGAAGAUGAAGAGUUACAAAGACUCUUUGACAUUGCAAGAUUGUGAAAAGUUGACGACGCCAUUUUCUAUUAAUGAUAUUUUGACAAAAGAAAAUGAAAAAUGUGAUUUUGAAAAUGGUUUCUGUCAGGAUUUUGGCGGGAAGUUUGUGCAGAAGCCGGCGGGGUGUUUCAGCAAGGAAGGGUUUGCGAAGAAAGAAAAUUUGGGCAAGAUGAAGUUUUAUGACGACUGCUCUGGAUACAGGGAUUUUGCUGACGAUGGUGCUUUGGAUAUGUCGCGAAAGAAUAACUAUCCUGUAACUGAAUUAUCGGAUGACUACGACUCUCGAUCGUCCAACACUGGCUCCCCGCUCCGCCGCAACUCCUCCCCUCACUCGGAUAUCGGCUACAAGCCCUUCCUCCACUACGAACCUCGAAAAUGUACUACACCGCCACCCAAUGACACCAGAAUCUCUCCAAACUAUCCCAUUAACGAGUAUUCUCAGAGCAAUGGACGUAAAAAGCGGUCAAGAGCAGCAUUUUCGCACGCUCAAGUCUAUGAAUUAGAAAGGAGAUUCAGUCAACAGAGAUAUCUUUCAGGGCCCGAACGCGCUGACCUUGCGGUCAGUCUUAAACUCACCGAAACACAAGUAAAAAUCUGGUUCCAAAAUCGAAGAUACAAAACUAAGCGAAAGCAAAUGCAAAUGCAAGAAAACGGGAUGCUUGCGGCCGCUGCUGCAGCCGCCAACCACGCCAGAAAAGUCGCUGUGAAAGUCCUCGUGAACAAUAACGGCCAGCCUCUACCUGAACUAAAACAAUACCCUUCUCCAAUGUUAGGUAAAGGUAUUAGUCCGCUAUUCACGCCACCAAUGUUAGAUUCACCGAUUCUGAAACACUUUGCUGGAGUCUACGGUGUUGAUUUCGCAAAGAAUCCUGAAUACAAGGCAUUGCUACAGGAGUCAUACAAUCAAGCCGUGUUACAGUCUUUGUACGGUCCUCAUUUGGGAGUCAAUUAUCCAAAUAUUUCAUUACCAUAUAUGUAUUAUCCAGGGCAUCCUGCAUUUGGCAUGCCUGUAUCUUGCGAGGAAAGGAAUCAGGAGACGAGAGACAACAAAGACAGUGAUUGUGGAAGGGAGAAAGAAAAACCGAUGGAUGUUAAUGAGAACAGUAAUGAAAGCCUUGCUAGUAAUAUUGAAGUUGAAAACUGAAGGAUUUAUAUUUAACUGCUGAAAACUGGUGGCACCAAAAUAAAGAAUCAUGUCAAUCG